AGGACAGGGUGCCCUCCUCUUCCUGUCGCGGCCCCGAAGCGAAGCGGAGCGACUCAGAUCCCGGAGCGCGGUCCCCAGACCGGCCGCGUCUAUGGUCGCUCCGCGGAACGCUUCGCCGGCUGGUGCUGUUUCAUCGGGGAGGGCUGUAUUCCAUGGCAGGGAACUUUUGGCAGAGCUCCCAUUAUUUGCAAUGGAUUUUGGAUAAACAAGAUCUAUUGAAGGAGCGCCAAAAGGACUUAAAAUUUCUCUCAGAAGAAGAGUAUUGGAAGUUACAAAUAUUUUUUACAAAUGUUAUCCAAGCAUUAGGUGAACAUCUUAAAUUAAGACAACAAGUUAUUGCUACUGCUACCGUUUAUUUCAAGAGAUUCUAUGCCAGGUAUUCUCUGAAAAGUAUAGAUCCUGUAUUAAUGGCUCCUACAUGUGUGUUUUUGGCAUCCAAAGUAGAGGAAUUUGGAGUGGUUUCUAAUACGAGGUUGAUUGCUGCUGCUACUUCUGUAUUGAAAACUAGAUUUUCAUAUGCCUUCCCAAAGGAAUUCCCCUAUAAGAUGAAUCAUAUAUUAGAAUGUGAAUUCUAUCUACUAGAACUAAUGGAUUGUUGCUUGAUAGUGUAUCAUCCUUACAGACCUUUGCUCCAGUAUGUGCAGGACAUGGGCCAAGAAGACAUGUUGCUUCCCCUUGCAUGGAGAAUAGUGAAUGAUACCUACAGAACGGAUCUUUGCCUACUGUAUCCUCCUUUCAUGAUAGCUCUAGUGACUUCUGUGCAACUUGACUACUCUGUGCUGCUGUUCAAAGAUGACUUUCCCGUUGUAACCUCCCCAUUGGAUUGUGGUUGUCUUAUGAUUUCUCAAGCUUGCCUACAUGUGGCCUGUGUUGUACAGCAGAAAGAUGCCAGACAGUGGUUUGCUGAACUUUCUGUGGACAUGGAGAAGAUUUUGGAAAUAAUCAGGGUUAUUUUAAAACUGUAUGAGCAGUGGAAGAAUUUCGAUGAGAAAAAAGAAAUGGCUACUAUUCUUAGUAAGAUGCCGAAACCAAAACCACCUCCAAACAGUGAAGGAGAGCAGGGUCCAAAUGGAACUCAGAACUCUAGCUACAGCCAAUCUUAAAACAUUCCGAAGAAGUCUAGUGGAGCACUUGGAAAUAAACCAUUGGACAAUUUCAGUAAUGUCUUCAGUGGGACACAAAUGAAAACGAAUAGCUUGCUUCUGUCAAGCAUGUUGGGAAGUGAUUUUAUUUUUGGAAAAUAAGUUGUUCUUUACCCAAUUUGGUUCUAGUACAUCAUUGAUUAAAAUCUCUUGAUUAAAACAGUGCAGAAGGGCUGUAAGGGGACCUACAGACAGACAUAGACAUUACAAAGUUAAGAGCUUUUAAUGAGUAUAUUAUUUCUUGAUUUUGGAUAAUAGAACUUUUUUAGCUUUUUAUUAAGGCAGGAAUCAUGAAGCCUAAUUUGUUUGAAAUCCAUUUCGGUCAGUAAGACAAAAAAGGACAUUAAAGAAAAUCCUAUGAGGGUUUUGGUCCUUCCCCUCCCUGACCCCCCCAUUUUACUUUAAAAUUGUACUUAAGGGGAUUCAACGCUUUAAAAAUCCUGGAAGAUUUUGAUAAUGAUGAUGAUAAUUUCAGGGAAAUUAAUCAAGUACUUAUUGCUUUUAAAAUGUUUUAUAUUCAGUACUUUUAGUAUUUUUCCACAGAAGAUGCUAACCCAGUCUUGUAGAAAAGUGCAAUAUGUAUAGUAUACUCUGACAUUUUUAAGGUUAAUUCUGCAACCAUUUUGAAAUGCUGAGCAAAAAAAAUUUUUUUAAAUCUUACAUAAGGUUAUUUGGAUCGAUCACAGUCAACAGGCAUUUUGAAAGCCUGCAAUAAUUAAUAUAGAUUGAAUACAAAUGUUCAUUUUUAAUCUACUAUAAAAAGGGUUUUUUUUGAGAUAGCUAUACCCCAGCUUAAUUUUUUUAUGCCUUCAUAUGGAGUUAGAUUUUUUUUCAGCUAUCUUGAACCAGAAAAACAAUCAGGUUUUAGGCCAGUUUCUUAAUUCUCAUAUGAGUGUAGCACUAAAGACUAAAUGUUACAUCAGUAGUACUGUGCUGUCUGUGGAGUUUAGUAAAUUAAACAUUUUCUUCAGACUUGAAGGAGAGUGAUAAAUAAAACUUGGGAUCAUAGGAAAUUUAUGUACAAUUAAGGAUUUUUUUUAUAAAUCAGUUGUGAAAAAUGGAUUAUUAAAUUAAGUGUUAAUUUCCUAGUAUAAAACAUCAAGAAUAAAAGUGAGAUCUCCACUCUA